ACGUGAGGCCGGCAACGACCUCCGUUAGAAACACAUCUUGUAUGAGCUGAGAGUCCUCAACUCAGGACAAGUCUCGUCGUGCGGUCGUCGUCCUCGUCGUCGUCAUGGGCAGCAACUACAUAUUCUCACUGACGCCGACCUUCACGCAAGGCCUCGUUCUCGGUCAACUGUCAAUACUGGUCCUCCUUGCACUUGUGCUCAAGUACCUUUUUUUCAUUUCACCGAUCGAACAGCCCAAUAUACAGAAUUUCCAUCCUCGUACAGUACCUGACCACCCGUCGUGGAGCCGCACACCCAAAGUCGAGGAGGACGGUACCCCCGAAGCGAGCCUUGAGUCCACUGCCUGGUUCAACUUGCUCGCGCGUCAGGUCAUUGACGUCUAUCGUGCCAAGUUACAAAAUGAGCUAACUGGACUCGAAGGGAUUGAAGUCGCCAGACAGCGAGUAGAAGCUUACGCCAACACCAUACGACCUCGUAACUUCUUAGAUCACAUCACUGUGCAUGCCGUUGACCUCGGGAACUCUGCACCCCAGCUGUUUAAUGCCCAAAUGGUAGAUGCCAGCGAAGCCCAUGACGCACUGCCGUAUGUCAAGUUUGAUAUGUCCUAUUCCGAUACUAUCUCUGUUUCACUUUCUACCACGUAUCUUUUCAACUAUCCAAUGUCGUCUUUUGCCCGGCUCCCAGUUUCGCUCACAAUCUCUCUUUCCCGAUUUGAAUCUUCUAUUGUCCUCUCCGCCCCAUCACCUGGAGAUGCUCCGCCUGUUUUAUCUGUCUCAUUACCUCCAGACUUUACACUCAGGUUGAAGACUACGUCACUGAUGGGUAGCCGUGCUAUGCUCAAAGACGUGCCCAAGCUCCAUGACUUAAUUGAGUGCCAAGUUCGCCGAGUACUCGCCGCGAAGGGGACUUGGAAGGUCGGUUUGCCUGGCCUUGCGAGUGUGUCCGAGAUCAAGGCUGCAAUACACAAUAACGCGACGGUUGAGACUCCUGCAUGAUGCUGGUACCAUUGAUAGGUUUAGAUUCACUGUUUUCGUCAUGACGAGCGGUUCAGACGAAACAUGCCACAAAACCACAUCUUACCCGCACAGGAAGCCGGUGUUUGAAAGUACCAGUGAAGGAUCAAGUGAGCAUGGUAGAUAGAUUCUUUCGCUGCGGACGUUGAAGGAGUACGUCGGGAGCCUCACAGGAAUCGAAUUCUCUUCGAUCUUCCUGAUCAUACCCGGUCCAAGUUUUUCCGGCGUUGUUCCUUCGCUGUAGAGCACUACAAGUAGUUGCCGCAGGUACUUGCUGUAAUCGACUCAUAGAAGUACUACUACAUACACUGGUAUUUCACACGC